CAUGGGGAAGAGGCAGAGAUUGAUCGGUUGCCCAUGGACCUGCUGGCUCAUAUAUUCGUUUUCGUCUCUUCCUUCACUGAUUUGGCUCAGGCAAGAAGUGUGUGCAAGAAAUGGAAACGGGGAGUGAAGCGGUCUUUGGCUCGGAGGGAGUCUCUGAGUUUUGCUGGUUGCAAGAUGGAUGAUGAAACCAUCGCCCGUCUCGUUCGCCAUGCCUACAGCCUCAAAGACAUUGACAUUUCAAAGAGCCGUUGGGGUUGCCAAAUCACGGAUAAAGGACUUUACAGAAUAUCUUUGGCCAAGUGUGUCAGCAAACUGACAUCCAUAUCUUUAUGUAUGACAGGGGUCACGGACAAAGGUGUUGUUCAAUUGAUGUCCAGAACUAAUUCCUUGCAACACCUGAAUAUUGGUGGUACAUUUAUCACAGAUGAAUCUUUAUUUGCCAUUGCAGAUAACUGUCCACAUUUAAAGACUGUAGUUCUGUGGAGCUGCCGUCAUGUGACUGAGAAUGGGCUUCUUGUUCUUGUAAAUAAAUGUCGGAAGCUUGAAUCUAUCAAUGUAUGGGGAACCAGAGUUCCGGUCGGCUGCUUCAUGGUUUUGCUUACUAUUCGUCCAGGUCUUAUGAUAAAAAUAUAAGAGGGUUGCUCUGAAACACUUCUCUGUGGCCCCGCUGCAUAAGUUAUCUUACGGUUGCUUUCUCAAUUGUUGUGUACAGAUUGUUUUUUUUUUUCUUUUUCUGUAUAUCCAUCUCAAGGUGAGUUUAUCAGCACAAUGAAACUACAAUAAUACCAUUAAAUUCUGCUUCCAUGAAUUAAAAUUCAAAGGUCUGAUUUUACUUUCACUAUUUCUAAAUCAAUCUUGUGCACCCUUCGGGUAUUAUAUGUUGUUAUGGGUUUGAGUCAUGAAUAUUCAACUAUAUUCAGAACUUCCAAAAUGUAUGGAAAUAAUAAAUAUCUUGAAUAUAAGUUCA